AUGGAUUUAGAAAACACAUUCUACUUUCAUCUGAUAUUCCUGGUGGUCAUGGUGGGGAUGAGCCAAGAGAGAAGUCUACCACUAGAUCACCGUAAACAGUUUUACCCUGUUCAUCUUUCUUGGGAAACGCAAGGAUGGUAUUCUACGGAGGAUUACCCAUACUCGAUACAGUCAGAAGAACCAGCGUGGCCUUCAGAGACACCUUACACAGAUUAUCCAGAGUACUCAACAUAUCCUACAGAGACUACAACAAUGAAUCCACCUGAGACGACAACAAUAAAACCAACCACUUCAGAGGCGCCAACUACAACAGCAAUCCCUUCAUCAACUGAGCCACCAAAAUCAACAUCGAUAACCCAUUCGUCAACUAUGCCACCUACAUCAACUACAAAACCUAUUCCUUCAUCAACUGAACUACCUACUACAACUACAACACCUAGUCCUUCAUCAACUGAGCCACCUACAACACCUAGUCACUCUUCAACUGAGCCACAUACUACAUCUACAACACCUAGUUCCUUAUCAACUGAGCCACAUACAACAACUACAACACCUAGUCCUUCAUCAACUGAGCUACCUACUACAACUACAACACCUAGUCCUUCAUCAACUGAGCCACCUACAUCACCUAUUCCUUCAUCAACUGAGCCACCUAGAACUACAACACUUAGACCCUUGACUAUCACCACAGCCCCUAGAACAACACCAACAACCACCAUAACACCACCGCUUUCUAGUACCACAGAUAUUUCAACAGAUGUGUUUACCACAGAAGGAUCUACCACACUAGUUUCGACGACGGAAGGUGAUUCAACACCAGCUUUUACAACAGAACAAAGUUUUAUCUAG